AAUGCAUGUCAAAAAAGAGGAGAGCCGGAGUUAAGGGAGUAAAAACGUUAGAGAACUUCUUUACUAAAGAAGCUGCAAAAUGUUUACCUGAACCUACAGGCUCUAUUCUGACCGUAUCAAAUGACGAUGAACAGGAUCAAUAUGACGGCGCGGACGCAAUUGUUUCUGAGAAUGAAAGUGAUGACUUUGAUAUCGGUAGUCCAUCAGCUACAGCUUUCCCAGCUUACUUGGAAAAGGAAGACUGCGGUGGAGAAAUAAUAGAACGCGGUUCUGUUGAAUUCGAAGGCGGGAAAAGCGAAGUCCCUACCUCAAAUGACGAAGACGACACUGAGGAUCUUACAGCUGAUGAUUUGAUAUCCUGCACUGUGUAAGUUUUACCAAUGAAC